CUGGAGGCAGCCAUCCGAAACGUAGGAGUAAAAGGGCUUUUCGACUAUAACAUCAGUCAGCUAGCCGCCUAUACGGAUGAUAUCGUUAUCAUAAACGGGUCUCAAAGCAGUAUGAUCAGACACACCACAACUCUCCAGAUGGAAGCGGCAAAGUAUGUAUUGAUGGUUAACGCAAGCAAAACGAAGUACCUUAAUAGCACGCGCAACCCUCGUCCACUACAGGAUGUCACCAUUGGAGAUGAUACAAUUGAAGGAGUCAGCAGCUUUAAGUACCUGGGGCCGAUACUGUCCAACCGUAAUAAGGUUGGAGUUGAGGUGAAUGCCAGAAUCAUGGCUGGCAAUAGAUGCUUUUACUCUCUCAGCAAACUUUUCCGAUCAAAAUAUCUUAGUGCAAAAUCCAAGCUGUCUAUCUAUAAGACCAUAAUACGCCCCGUCACCACCUAUGGGUAUGAAGCAUGGUCACUGAGUUCUGCGCAAAGUGUUUGGGCCGGUGAAACACGCAGACGGUGA